AUGGGAAUCAAAGGGCUUCACGGUCUACUGAAAUCUAUUCAAAAACCAUGCAACUUGAAGAAAUUUGACGGGCAAACACUAGGCGUGGAUGCCUAUGGAUGGCUCCACAGAGGUACCGCAGCUUGUGCCACGGAUCUGGCUCUGGAUAAGCCUACAACAAAGCAUGUCGAUUUUGUGCUCAACCGCGUUCGUAUGCUGCUGUUUUUCGGAGUUACGCCCUACCUAGUGUUUGACGGCGGCGACCUGCCUAGUAAAUCGGGAACGGAAGCGGACCGUUUCAGGAGGCGAGAGGAUGGUAAAAAGCUAGGGUUGGAAUUACAGAGCAAGGGCCGGAUGGCUGAGGCGUACCAGGAGUUUCAAAAAGCGGUGGAUGUCACACCCGAAAUGGCUCGGCAGCUCAUUGAAGAGCUGAAACGAAUGAAAAUUCAGUACAUAGUUGCUCCAUAUGAAGCAGAUGCGCAAUUGGUUUACUUGGAACAGAAGGGCAUCAUUAACGGCAUCAUCUCGGAAGAUUCCGAUUUGUUGGUUUUUGGUGCAAAACGACUUCUAUCCAAGCUGGAUCAACAUGGGGACUGCAUUGAAAUCAAUCGCGUUGAUUUCGCGGCCUGUCGGGACAUCAGUUUUAUUGGAUGGACUGAUGCUGAUUUUCGCCGAAUGUGUAUAUUGAGUGGUUGCGACUAUCUUCCCAAUAUUCCGAAGAUGGGACUCAAAACUGCGUACCGAAGCAUGCGAAAAUACAAGAACGUGGAGAGAGUUUUGAAAGUUCUUCAAUUUGAAGGACAUUUUCAGAUUCCUCCGAAAUACCUGGAUAAUUUCCGACAAGCAGAAAACACCUUUCUCUAUCAGCGUGUUUUUUGUCCCGCCGCCCAAAAGCUAGUCACCCUUACCCUUCCUGAGCCUAGUAUGGACCUUGAUGAGAUGCCCUAUAUUGGUGCUGACGUCGAGCCAGAGAUUGCCAUUGGCGUUGCACACGGUGAUCUACAUCCUGUGACAAAAGAGCCAAUCAAGCUGAACCUGUCUUUUGCGGCGAGGGCUAUGCCAAGCUUGAUGAGAAGACAAACUCUGGCAUCUGCUGCUGAACUCAAGCCCAACAAAUCAAUAGACUCUUUCUUUACACCCAAGCGGCUUCCUCUCGCUGAACUGGACCCUAACACUCUUACUCCAUCCCCUAGUCAGCAGCGCCUGCUUGAGCGGCAUGCCAACAAUUCCUGGCAACCCAGUCCUAUAUCGAACUCUUUCGGACUGACACGCUCUGCCUCUUCUGUCACCAUCAAUGGACGGAACGGCAAUCCUAGAACUGUCGAGCGAGAAUCAUUUCUUGCACGCGCUGCAAAAAUGUCCACCACACCUGCGGUGAAACGCCAACGACUCUGCUCUGAUAUAGAUGAUGGCGACGCACUUCCGACGCCGCCUGAGCAAGCAAGAAGUCGCUUUUUUACCAACUCCUCUACCGCAAAGUCCAGUCCCAGUGGCCAGACGCUUUCGCGAACAAAAAAGUCUCGAAGAUCUACUUUUGGAGUCUUCUCAGACGAAGUGGCCGAAGAUAUAAUGUGUCAGCUUUCUUCCCAAACGCCUGAGUCUGCGAGCUCAGUUGAAAGGGUAGAUAAAAAUAGCUUCCUAGAUUCAGCUUCGACACCUACAAAAAUUCAAACUUCCACUGUCGACAGCAGGGAAGAACCAACAGGCUCAGGUGUAGUAGAAACCGGCACUGAUGCAGAGGAGCACAAUGAAGUUGUGAACAGAAGCACCGACAGUAGCAAUCAGUCAGUGUGUAUCGAUACAGAUCCAGAGUUGUUUAACCAAGUGCUGGAGGUGCAUGUGCAGAAACAAAAUGCGGCUUUGCUCUCGAAAUUUGUGUUCGAAGGGCAUCCUGGAAAGCCAAGUGUUUCCUCGCCCACCGUUCCCAAGAAGCCAGCAACCACUCCAUUACAAAGUCGGCUAUCGACAAAAGUUUCUGGCAAGUCUGUCACCCAAGGCGGCUCACUUCGUCGGAGACUCACACCGCUUCAAAGAUUGGGACAAAGCGCAUUGUCAAAAUCGAGAUCUUUAGACAACUUUAUAACUCGACGAAUGCUGAUCAACGCCUCUGGGGACUCAGGCUACGAGUCAGACUUGGGAAGAGACAACACACAAGAUACCGAGCUAAAAGCAGGUUCUAGUCACCAAGGCAGUGAGGAUCAGAUCAUUCCUUGUAGCGACGAAGAGACAGAAGACUCGGUCAAUGAUGGUGGGGGACCGAAUGCACUUAACCUGAAGCGGUUUUCUUCUAAGCCAAAAUAG